CAAGUAUGCUUAAUUCGCCACCACAUUCGUUGACGAGCAGGCCUACCUUGUCUAUUCAGCCUUAUCUUUUGUGAUUUUUUUCAUUUGAUGGCAUUAACGUCUACAUUGUUGAACAAUGUGGCCAUGUCCGAUGAUUAUACGCAUAAUUACAAAUAUAGUGUUGUAAAGCUGUUUCCAAGUCUGUUGCCAUAGCAGCAUAAAGCGGUUUCCAGCGACAUAAGACAGAGAUGGACGGGGUUUGGGCUAAGGAGUCCCCGCCUCCAAACCAGGUGUUGGAACCAUGUGCAAUAUGCGGGAGAACUUUUCUAGUACAAAUACUGGAGAAGCACGUACCCAUUUGCAAGAAAACAGCAGCCAAAAAGAGGAAAGUGUUUGACUCCAGUCGGCAGAGAGCAGAAGGAACCGAACAUUUGUUAUUUUUUAAAUCAAAGUGGCAAAACACUUCGUUCCAGAGGCCAGAGCCAAUUAAGAAACAGUCAAACUGGCGCUUGAAGCACGAGGAAUUGAUCAACACCAUCCAUGCCACAAAGGGGCUGGCUCGUGUAUUGAAGGAUGGAGGCCCUCUACCUCCACCUCUGCCUCCUUCCUCAAACCCAGAUUACGUCCAGUGCCCGUUCUGCCAGAGGACGUUCAAUGAGGGUGCCGCACAGAGACAUAUCAACUUCUGCAAGGAGCAAGCCUCACGCCUGCAGAACAGGACCAACAGAGGGAGAACCCCUGUGAAGCCACAGUACAAACCUCCCCCGAUUAAGAAGGUGAACUCUGGGCAGAAUGCUGGAGCAGCCUCAGGAAGGAGGACACCCUCUGCUGGAUCUGUGAGGAGAAGCUACUCCCCGGCCCGCAGCGAUUCUUCGGGCAUGACCAGCCCCACGCCUGGUGCGGAACCCAAGCGUCUAAAUUCUCCAGGGUCUGUUCAGAGCUCACUGCGGGGGGUUGGAGUAAAGAUAACACCAAAAGCCUACAGUGCACGAAGCACCACUCCCAGCGAGGCGUGCUCCAACCAGGCCCGGCUGGCCAACUUCUGCCAGGACUGCGGGAGCAGGUACCCCUCGGACAGGGCCCAGUUCUGCUGCGAGUGCGGGCUGAAGAGGCUGUCCAUAUGAGCGCCGCCGCACCGCCGUCAGUCUGAAUCGCCACGACAACGCCACUGGCCCAUGCAUUCCGUGAUUGUUGAGGCAGCCAUUCCCACCAAGGCAUUCCUCACUUGGAUACAGUUCAAAUUUGUUAUGAAUGUAGUGUUAAAAGCUAUAUUUAUUUUAUAGAACCCACACAAAGGAAUAGGAAAAAAGAAUAAUAAAUUUAGGUACUGCCCUGUACAUUAAUCUGGCCUGGUCAUUUAGAGAAUGUAGAACAUUGGCAUAUCGCCAAGGUGUUCAGCUAUAACAGCCUUGACCUUAGCGAUAUUAUUUAUACUGCGUUUCAUUUCAGCUGAAAGGGUAUUUCCCAAUAACUGUACAGGAAUAUCAAUGAGGGAGGCAGCGUUCUCUGUGGAGUUCCAUGGCCUGCAAUUGCUGUGUUGCGUCCGAUGACAGUGUAACAUUCGAUGCUGACGUAAGCAUUUGUACCUAUUACUUUGAAAUCUAUUAAAUAAUAAAAUGACUCUCGACAGACCUGCAUCUCUAAUCUGCUGAGCUACAGUCAGCCGAUUAAUGGAUAUUCUGCUCUUUUAUUACAUCCAACUUUUUUCAUGAAUUUCAAGGACAACCGCAAUGAUAAGUCGCCUUUGCUUCACUGUUUUGUUUAAAUUUAAUUGCAGUCUGUUCUGCAAUAUGACUGGUGGUUUUAUAAUUAGGUUUAAAUGUCCAUUUUUGGAUUGAAGUUGAAAGACUGAAAGUUAUAGGUAGCUGGAUUAGUACAAGGGAAUUGCAUUUGUUUUUACAUCUUUUCUUUGUAGAUACCUUUGUAAGACAGCCAGAAUUUUCUUUAGUUUUUAUGAGGAAUAUAUUUAACACAUAUAUUCAAACAUUUUUAUUUAUAACUUGGCCAAUUGGCAUAUUCUUCACAUUUGUUAAGGUUUGCCUUUUGUACAAAGAAAUCCCCCUUUAUAGUAUGGCCAAGUGGAGUCAAAUUACCAUAUAUAUUCCACAAGCUUGUAUUCUGAAAGAGCACAUUAGGUAUUCAUAUUUCAUCCAGAAUGUUGCUUUGUGUUAUUUCAGAGAGCUUGUAAUUUAUGCAGUAUUGCCUGGCUGAGUGUGUAACUGAGUGAAAUGGCUUUGUUUCUUUGAGAGGAAAGACAGGAAAGGAGUCUGCUGUACCUGAUGUUAUUUCAGGUCAUUUCAAUGCUGGAGGAAACCACUUUCAAAAAGUUUUAUGAAUAUAUAGAGAGAGUUUUCUUCCUUUGAUUCAUUGUUAUAAUUGUACGUGGGUUUUAUCCGUCUGUAAUAUGAUUUCUGAGGAA